AUUGAAAUUUUUUGUCAUCUCUAAUCACACGUGCUGUAUUUGUUAUUGUUAAAAACCAACAACAAAAUAUUUUUUCUGUUUUGAUAGUAAAAAUUUGUUUUUACCACAAUAAUUAUUGACUAUCUAUAGUUAUGAAAACAACUGAAAAUAAUUCACAAUCAUCUCCCAACCUAGAUCAUGAUGCAGGUGCUGAGAACCUUGAUAUUGUAGAGAAAAGUGAGGAUUAUGAAGAUGAUGACACUUGUAGCUCACAGGAAUUGGAGAAAUUAUUCAAUCAUAAAUACAAAAUACAUGAUGAACAAAGCGUGACAAAUAGCGAUAAUUAUGUAUUACACUUGGCAAAGGAUGACUCUCUUAUUUGCAUUGCAGCUGGCCUAUCAGAUGGAUCAGUUUGUUUAUUUGAGGUAAAUACGGAAAAAGGAUUAUUUAUUCAACCGCCACCGUCGAGUAAACCCAAAUCAGACCAAUCUUUAUGCGGAAUACGUUUUAUGGACGAAACGCCAAAUUUAUUACUUAUCGGUAGCUGUCGUGGUUUCGUACGUCUAUUGGAUUUACGAACACGCAUGGAAGUUGCUCGUUUUGAGAAUAAUAUUUCACAUAUAUCACAUCCAAAGGAAAUUCUAAGUUUCGAUCGUAAUUCUACUAGCAGCUUACUCUGUAUGGGAACUGAACAGCGUAGCCAUAAAGUAAAUUUAUUGUGUUAUGAUAUACGCUCAACUAACGAAAUAUUUCGAUUUUGGGAUUGUCAUGAUGAUGAAGUGACUGCUCUACGUUUUAAUCCACAAAAUCCAUAUCUAUUGUGUACGGGUUCUGCUGAUUGCUUAAUUAAUAUUUAUGAUGUUAAAAAAAAUGAAGAAAAUGCUAUUUUGAACACAAUUAAUACUGAAGACACAAUAUACAAGGUUGACUGGCAUCUAUCUUCCAAAGGCGAGAAUUUAAUAUCCUGUAUAACACCUACAAACUCUUUUAAAUGCUACAAUUUUUAUGGCGAUAUAGUAGCGGAUUUCGACCAAUUAAACAUUACGAAAGCAAUUAAACGUCGAAACGAAUUAAAUUGUAAUUUAAUAAGUUGUCACAAUACGGCCAACAAUGAUAUGAUUCUGAUAACUGGAUCUAAUUUAAACGAAGGUUCAACUUUACGCUCUUGUCUGGUACAAAAGGAUGAAUUAACUCCCUACGCGAAUUUUGAAGGCAAUAAACAAAUUGUUCGUGAUAGUUUAUUUGAUGCCAAAACAAAUAUUUUAAUAACUGGUGGCGAAAGGGGUAUUGUAACAUUAUGGACUCCACAAUCAUGGGAUUCAUCAACAACAAAUACAAGUAGUCCUUCUGCGGAAAGUUUAAAAAUGAAAACAAAGAACGUAAAUAGAUUUACUCCUUAUUAGAAAAAAAUAAUCAUGUUUUAUUACAUAUAAGAAUGUUUGCGAGUUCUCUAAGUUCUCACAAAUACUAUUUUAUAUUUUAAAUGUAAAUAUCUGAAAUAAAAUUAAAGAAACUUUGGAAAAAUAAA